UGGAUGUGACAGUGGGUGGGAAGACAUGUCCACAGUGGAACAUCCAAAGAAGUCAUGUGCACAAUUCUUGUCAGUGAGACACAGAAGACAGGAGGGACAGACGAGGAGUGAAGCGCCUGUCAUUUAACAUAAACCUGCUUCUGCUUCUUCUUCUUCUUCUUCUCACUGUGGUUGAAAGGAGCGUCUUGUAGCCGCUGAGACCUGGACCUGGACCAUGAAGCUGAGCGUGGCCCUGUUUUUCGCCGGCCUGUUCGGGGCGUUGGCAGCUGUGUUCAUUCUCCUCUCUUUUGGAACUGAUUACUGGCUGCUCGCCUCAGAACGCUGCCACACACGUCCACAAGGAACUGUUGGCCCCGGCGCUGUGAGUAUAGAGCGCGGAGACGUGGUGAUGCAGGAGGAUCAGGACGUCGUCGUUCUCUACCACGAGGGCUUUUUCUGGAGGUGUUCGUUUGAAGCCGACACGAACGACGACGGCCUGAUAUGGAAACUGUGGUUCACCAAUCAGCCUCACUCUAAAGUGUGCAUGCACUCCUACCUCUUCCCAUUCCCCGUGUCCCAUCAGAGCCACAACGCCACCGAGUACGAUUCUGCGAUCAUAUACAGAGGCUUCUGGAGCAUCUUCAUGCUGAUUGGUGUGGUGGCCGUGAUCCUCGGCGGGUUCUUCAUCAUCUGUGCUGCUCCGUUCGCCAGUCACUGUCUGUACAAAGCAGGAGGUGGACUCUUCCUGUUGUCUGGUUUCUUCCUGCUGUGCGUGGUGGUGAUGUACGUCGUGUGGGUCCAGGUGCUGGACGUGGUGGACGUCUACGUCGAGUACCAGCGCUCGGUGUGUCCAGACUUCCGUCUGUCCCUCAGCUACGGUUUGUCCUUCAUGUUUGCCCCCAUUGGCAUCUUCUUCUGCCUUCUGUCCGGCCUCCUCUUCCUCCUCAUCGGCCGAACCAUCAAGAUUCACUGCAACUGACCCCGAGGUCGUUAGAGGUUUUUAUUAUCAAUCUUUUUGUUAUUUUUGCCGCUCCCUGAAAGCCGUAGUCUGUCAGUAGAUGUCCUAACAUCUACUUGAGCUUUAUUUAUUUUAAACCUGGUCAUAUAAAGUCAACGGAGUGUCUAGAAAAAAAUACUUUUUGAUGAUAUUUCGAAAUAAAAGUGUUUGUUUUGAUAUGGCACGAUAAAAAGUUCAAAUUUUAAACACAUGUAUGAUGCAAAAAUGAAUCUAUUAAUGAAGAGAAACAUACCGAAAUAACUCAUAACUUGAUAUUAAGUGGAGGGCUGGCUGCGAGUUUGGAACCUGUAUCGUUUAUAUUUAUGAAAAAAUUUAUGAAUUUUUAUAUAUUAAAAUUCAAUCUAUAAAACUAAAACAAAAGCCAUGUGCAAAUGGGAAGCAUACACUAAGAUGGCAUGAUUAUUUUUUAUAUAUAUGCUAAUGAGAGGCAGUGUUUGUGGAAGGAAAACAAGGCCAGCAGCCUUUUUUUUUUGUUUUUAGAUAAAAAUCAUUAGACUUUUUGUUGUUUUUAUGAAGGAAAAACAACAGUAACACGAGUAUUUCCACAGAUUAUUGUCCAUUGUUGUGUUUUAAAGAAGCACAAAGUGUACACUUCAUUUAACGACAGACUAAAACACAGCAGGUGCUCUUUAUGUGAGCGUUUAUGUGGAUAUAUACAUUAGCACUCAUUAUGAUAAAAGCACACCCUCACUAAGUGCAACAGUGUGGCUUAUUGAUGCUUAUUUAAGUGUUUUUUUUCACAACAUGAUUGAUAAAUCAUAAAAGAUUAUCUUAGACGCAAUUUCUUAUUUCCCUGCGGGUGUUACGCUUAAUAUUUUCUGCUUUUUUCUGCAGUAUAAUUGUAUUAUUAUUAUUAUUAUUAUUUUUAUUAUUAUUAUUGUUGUCUGUACAAAGCCUGAAACGGUGCUGCUGUUUUAAUUUGGGUCAUGUUUUUAACCCACUUUGACCACAUUAUUGGUUCAAUAUGGAGCAUGAAUCACUUUUAAUUUAAUGUUGCGUGUACAUGUGAUUUGUUUUGUGUGUCCUGUGUGUCGUGUGUGUGUGUGUGUGUGUUGUGCGACUGUGACAUAAGACGUUUUUUCUGUGAUUUUUAUUUUUUUUUUGCCUAAAAAAAAAAAAGACACUGAGAAGAUGAGCUUUUAAAUUAUUAAAAUAAAGUUAGA